ACGGAGCACUGGUUCUUCUUUAAAUCCCAGCGUAUAUCUAGUUUAGUUCAUAUUCACAAACAUUGCGUGAUCGGUGAUUUAUUUUUCUUUCUAAGGCCAGACAGGUGUUCUACUUCAUUAAGCAUGCAUAUGAAUGCACCUUAAUGCACAUAUAUUUCAAUCAACAAGAUCGAAAGACUGGUCUUACCCCUAUCUAUUUAGGAGUCCGUGGUGCUCUGCUUUGAAUUGUAUUUCGUUUUAUGGAUUUUUUAGAUGGUUCACGGUUUGUUAUGCAUAACAGGGACUGGAUAAAACGAUUUUUGUAAUCAAGAAUAUAUUUCAAUAUAUAUUCUGAUUCAAUGGACUAUGGACACUGGCACAUGGCAACCAUAUGUAUAAAUGAGAUCGCCACUGUUGUAGUUGUGCUUCUAUCCUUCUUUAGUCCUGCAGUAUGUGUAACCAGCCUUACCUGUGGAUCUCCCUCUAUCAUCAAUCUUGCCAGUGCUUACGAAAGCUACAGAUACCCUGCGUCUGGCACAUAUCCAACAACAACGACUUGCGAGUGGCUCUUUCAGUCACCUGACUCGAGUACGAAGAUAUCAUACGUUGUGUCCGAGCUUUGUGUUAAUUGUGGAGAUGUUCUUAGAUUUUAUGACGGUACUUCUGCCAGUGCAUCAGCUAUUGGUAACCCAGUAUGUAGCUCCACUUGCGGUGCAUCGUCGCCUGCGGCAUUUACGACCGGAAGUAACCUUUACGCAAAACUAACUACUGACAGCACUACUACAGGAACUGAAAAUGGCUUCAAAGUAUCCAUUGUUUACGGAAAGGAUGAAUCAAACUGUCCUUCCAAUGGUACUUCCAAAGUUGUCACCCUUGCCAGUUCUGUGACAUUAUCUUCCCCGCUGUUUCCAAAUACGUAUCCAAUAAACUAUAUGUGUUCAUACAUAUACACAAACCCCAGUGGACAGGUGAAGUUAGAAGUUCUAUUUUUAGACGUGGAACCCAACACCGCUGGUGGUUGCUACGAUUAUCUUGAAAUAUAUGAUGGAAAUAGCACUAGUUCAAGUGUUAUCAAAACAUUAUGUGGAACAACUCCCCCCACAGAAACUUACACGUCAACGGGAUCAUCUAUGACCAUUUUAUUCCUUAGUGACGAUAGAUCUCCCCAGGUGGGGUAUUUGGCCACCGUUUCUCCCGCUGGAUCAUAUGAAUCAACUACAACACAUUCACUUGCUGCUACAUCUGAGAGUAGCUCAUUGAGUGCCACAAAUUCCAAUUCAUCAGAGUCAGGAGCAGCUUCAGACAACGACUCAUCUGACUGGAAAAUCCCUGUGAUUGUUGUUUGUUGCGUGGGAGUACCUUUAUUCGUUGCAUCAGUGGUUGCCAUUGUUAUUAUUAAAACAAAAAAAGUCGGAAUUGCUGAAUAUCUUUUUAAGAAAUGAAGAAAAUUCAACAUUGUCUAAUUUAGUGAGCUCAUUGCUAUCAAGUUAAGUUUCUAAUUUUCUUCACUCUAUGAUGAAACUUGUGACAGAGGCUGAGAACAAAUUUCCUGUGAUAGAUUAGACUAUAAUUAUUAUGAUUUUCAUUAUUAUUAUAAUCAUUAUUAUUGUUACUAUUAUUAUUGUAUGAAUUGCACCACAUGGUUAGUGCAAAUUGUUCUAUUCUUUGGUUAAAACUAGAGAAUUAUUAACACUGGAAUAUAUCUUCUUUUUUUUUGUCUUCUAAUUAUGCCAAGUGUUUCCACACUAACACUGUAAAACAUAAACAUACUUGCAUGUAUUAUUGUUUAAUUUAGUGUAUCAAUAUUAAUCAAAUAUAAUUAAGUGUUUGGUAUCACCAGUGCUACAUUAAUAUGAUGUUAUAGAAUCUUCUUCUGAAUACUCCUACAUGUUCUUCUUUUUUAAAAAGAAAAAAGUGAACAUUUUGCAUUUUUAUUUUACAUUACCUGUAGCUAAAUGUCUUUGUAAAUAAAUUGAAUGUUCAGUUUAGAUUCUUAAUUUUACUUGUUAAUCUUUUAACAGUAACCAUAGAUGUUAAAAUACUGUUAAUGUUAAAGGUAACUAUAUGCUUUUUUAAUAUCUUAUUCAGAAUUCAAAAGAGUGCCUG